AUGGAAUGCUUUAUUCAUGAUCUCGAUGAAGAAACAGCACGGCGUCAAAAGAACGAUGUACAAGAUGAUCAAUCGGUACGACAUACAAUAACGAACGAAAAGAGUACCCUUAGUGGGGAUACAACGUAUGACAAGGCUCAAACAGGAAUGACUGGACCAAGUUGGACCGGUGGAAUGGGUCAAGGAGAAAAUCAUUGUCCUGCAAAUGGACCUGAUCAUCAUCCAGAUGAACUAUACUGUGACUGUUGUCGUAAAAAUUAA